AUGGGGAGUUAUGUUGUGUUUUUAUUUGUGAUUGCGGGUGUAUUUGCGCAAAGUGAAGAUUUGUUUAAACUGAAUAUCAUACAUUAUAAUGAUUUUCAUGCACACUUUGACGAGGUGACGGCGUCAUCUGGGAGUUCAUGUAUAAACCCUAAUGAUGUGUGUAUCGGUGGUUUCUCCCGGCUUUACACGGGGAUACGACAGGCGCUAGAAGCUGAACCGGACUCACUGAUACUAAAUGGAGGUGACACCUUCCAAGGAACUGUCUGGUACAACUUCUUGCGAUGGAAUGUCACACAGCACUUCAUGAAUUUGCUACCCAAGCACGAUGCGCAUGUUCUAGGUAACCAUGAGUUCGAUCACGGUAUCGAAGGAUUACUACCAUAUCUGUAUCAUUUGGAUGCUGUUAUGCUUGGAGCCAACGUGAACACGACGUUCGAGCCAGAAUUGGGCCAGUAUGUAAAGAACCAUGUUGUAGUUGAAAGGAAUAAUCGCAAAAUUGGAAUCAUCGGAAUUCUAUUACGUACGUUUACAGCAGACAUUGGACGUGUUAUAAUGGAAGAUGAGUUAGAAGCAGUUAAUCGAGAGGCGGCAAUUUUGACAGAACAAGGUGUAGACAUCAUAAUUGUACUUUCGCAUGUCGGAUAUGCUAGUGACCAACGAUUAGCAGCUAGCAUGUCUCCAGACGUGGACAUUAUAGUUGGAGCUCAUUCCCAUACGUUAUUAUUUACUGGUGAAGCUCCGGAUGGCACACCCGCUGGGGAUUAUCCUACCGUAGUCACUCAGAGCAAUGGGCAUAGAAUUCUAAUCGUCCAAGCAUCUUGCUACACACGUUACUUGGGUGAUAUAACGUUGUACUUUGACGAUAGAGGAAAAAUAGUGUCUUGGGAAGGUCAUCCUAUAUACCUCGGAACUUCCAUCAUUAAAGAUGCUCGCAUGGAAGAGCUACUAGAUGAAUGGCGUGCAGAACUUUACCCGAUAAGCCGCGAAGUGUUAGGCCGAUCCCUAUCAUUACUUAACCGCGGGCGUUGCUUCCGAGGAGAGUGCAACCUUGGUAGCUGGGUCUGCGAAGCUUUCCUUGAACAGAUGAUGUCCAAGGCUAACGGAACGAAUUGGAACUAUGCACAUCUUUGUAUGAUCAACGCAGGCGGAGUGCGUGUAGCUAUUGAAGCGGGAAACAUAACAACUGAAGCACUACUGAUGGCUGUGCCGUUUGAAAAUAAAGUGCAAGUAUACGAUUUAAAGGGGAAAUACAUUCUGGAAGCUAUUGAGUUCGCUCUCGGAGUACAACAAUCUGAUCCCACUAACUUCUACAGCAGUCGGAUGUUACAAGUCGCUGGCAUGCGCAAUGUUUACAACGCAUCCGCGCCGGCCGGGUCGCGCGUGCUCUCCGCGUCGGUGCGCUGCAUCGACUGCGACGUGCCGCGCUACUCACCGCUCGACCCGGAGGCCACCUACCGGGUGCUCACGCAGGACUAUAUCGGCGAUGGUGGUGGCGGCUACUCGAUGUUAUCUCAAAACAGGGAAAAUCUUAAAAUCUACGAAACAGAUUAUAAGAUACUUCAGGACAACAUGCGUAAAAAUAAAAUAAUAUUCCAAGAUCUCGAUGGCCGAAUCCAAAUUGUGUAUUAACAUUAUGUUAGUAAUAAUAAACGAAUGUAUAAAUUU